AUGCGUCAAAAUUUACCAACUCAACCUGCCACCAACGGGGAUGGCCAGGACUUGUAUCUUCCCGACAACAUGCUUGCACGACACCCCAGCAAGCCUCACAUCGGCAGCCUGGAGGAGUACCAGCAGAUGCAUCAGCUCUCCGUGACAGAACCUGAUGCUUUCUGGGGAAACCUUGCUCGUGAACUCCUCACAUGGGAACGCGAUUUCCACACCGUCAAGAGCGGCUCUCUCAUCGAGGGAAACCCUUCUUGGUUCCUGGGUGGAAAGCUAAACGCUUCAUUUAACUGCGUGGACCGCCAUGCGCUCAAGGACCCCAACAAGGUCGCUAUUAUUCACGAGACUGACGAUGGAACCAAUGGCCAGUCUAUCACUUACGGAGAGCUUCUCAAGCAGGUCAGCAAGGUCUCUUGGGCUCUCAAGGAUCUCGGUGUGAAAAAGGGCGACACCGUUGCCAUCUACAUGCCCAUGGUUCCCGAGGCUCUGGUCGCCAUUCUCGCCUGUACAAGAAUUGGCGCUGUUCACUCUGUUGUCUUUGCUGGAUUUUCUGCUGGUUCUUUGAGAGAUCGCGUCGAGAACGCCAAGAGCAAGGUUGUUAUCACCUCCGAUGAGAGCCAGCGUGGUGGCCGAACAAUCGGAAUCAAGAAGAUUGUCGAUGAAGCACUCAGCACCCUCGAGGGUGUCAAGACUCUUGUUUUCAAGCGAACCGGUGCCAACGUUAACUGGGUUGAGGGCCGUGAUCACUGGUGGCAUGAGGAAGUCGCCAAGUGGCCCAGCUACAUCGCCCCUGAGGCCAUGGACGCCGAGGAUCCUCUCUUCCUUCUCUACACCUCUGGCUCAACCGGUAAGCCCAAGGGAGUCUUGCACACAACCGGUGGAUACCUUGUAGGCGCUGCCGCGACGGGCAAGUACGUUUUCGACAUUCACGACCAGGACCAAUACUUCUGCGCCGGCGACGUUGGUUGGAUCACAGGCCACACUUACGUUGUAUACGCGCCUCUGCUUCUGGGUGUUUCUACCGUUGUUUUCGAAGGAACGCCGACGUACCCUGACGCUUCUCGUUUCUGGGAUAUUAUCGCCAAACACCAGAUUACACACUUUUACGUUGCCCCUACUGCUCUUCGUCUGCUGAAGAGAGCCGGUUCUGAUCCCGUUAACCACAACACUGACAGCCUGCGUGUUCUUGGAUCGGUUGGUGAGCCUAUUGCCCCCGAGAUUUGGAAGUGGUACUACGACAUUAUUGGAAAGGGCAACUGUCACAUUGUCGACACUUACUGGCAAACUGAGACCGGUUCUCACGUCGUUACUCCCCUGGCUGGUGUCACACCCACCAAGCCCGGUGCCGCAUGCCUGCCAUUCUUUGGCAUUGACGCAGUCCUAAUCGACCCCGUCUCUGGCGUUGAGCUCGUUGGCAACGGUGUUGAGGGUGUCCUCGCUUUCAAGUCCUCUUGGCCCAGCAUGGCCCGCACAGUCUACGGUGACCACCAAAGAUUUGAGGAGACCUACCUCAAGGUCUACCCCGGUUACUACUUCACCGGUGAUGGUGCUGCCCGUGACGAAGACGGUUACUUCUGGAUCCGCGGCCGCGUCGACGACGUGAUCAACGUCUCCGGCCACCGUCUCUCAACCGCCGAAAUCGAAGCCGCAAUGGUUGAGCACUCCGCCGUCGCCGAAUCCGCCGUUGUGGGCGUUGCCGACGAAGUCACCGGCCAAUCCGUCAUCGCUUUCGUCUGCCUCAAGGAAGCCUUCCGCUCCAACCAGGCCGAGGUGCAUGCUGAGCUCAGACUGCAAGUGCGCAACAGCAUUGGACCUUUUGCCGCCCCUAAGAAGAUUUUCAUGGUUCCGGAUCUGCCCAAGACUCGCUCUGGAAAGAUUAUGCGCCGUGUCUUGAGAAAGAUUGUUAUGGGUGAGCAGGAUCAGUUGGGUGACAUCACCACCCUGUCUGACCCUUCCAUCGUUGAGAAGAUUAUUGAGAUUGUUCAGAGCGGUUAA